AUGACAAAUCAACUUGACCAACUUGCAAUUAACACCAUUCGUACCCUUUCCGCUGACGUUGUUCGAAAGGCCAAUUCUGGUCACCCUGGUGCACCUAUGGGUUGUGCGCCAAUGGCUCACGUUCUAUUCUCAUCGUUCAUUGUGGCCAAUCCUUCAAAUCCAAAAUGGCCCAACCGAGAUCGAUUUGUCUUAUCUAAUGGUCAUGGUUGUGCAUUACAAUACGUUUUGCUUCAUUUACUUGGUUACAAUAUGACAAUGAGUGACUUGAAAGCAUUCCGUCAAUCAGAUAGCAAAACUCCUGGUCAUCCUGAAUCUCAUCUUACUGAAGGUAUUGAAGUUACAACUGGACCUCUUGGUCAAGGAUUGGCUAUGGCUGAAGCACAUCUUGAAUCCAGAUUUAAUAAACCAGGUUAUGAAUUAUUCAGUAAUUGCACUUACGUGAUUGCUGGUGAUGGUUGUUUACAAGAAGGUAUUGCAUCAGAAGCUGCUUCUCUUGCAGGUCAUCUUCGGCUUGGAAAACUAAUAGUGUUCUAUGACGAUAAUCACAUAUCAAUUGAUGGUGAUACCGAAUUAAGCUUUACAGAGGACGUAUUAAAACGUUUUGAAUCUUAUGGUUGGCAUACACAAUUUGUAAAAGAUGGAGAUAAUGAUUUGGCGGGUAUUACUCAAGCUGUUGUAAAUGCGAGGAAUGUCAAAGACAAACCUUCUAUUAUCAAAAUCAGAACAACUAUUGGAAUUGGUUCUAAAGAUCAAGGAACCGAAAAAGUUCAUGGUAGUCCUUUAAAACCUGAUGACAUUGCCCAAAUCAAGAAAACUUUUGGAUUUGAUCCGGAGAAACAUUUUUAUGUUCCAGAUUCGGUUAGUGCCAGAGCAGAAUCUCGCUGGAAUAAGCUUCUAGAGGAUUAUGGUAUAGAAUAUCCUGAAGAAAGUGCUGAAAUAAAACGUCGAUUUGCUAACAAAUUACCAGAAGAUUGGACUGAUCAUUUACCACGUUAUACUCCUUCCGAUCCUUCAGUUGCCACUAGAAAAUUAUCUGAAAAUGUCUUAAAUAAAAUUUGUGAUGUUUUACCGGAAUUAAUUGGUGGUUCUGCAGAUUUAACAGGAUCCAAUUUAACCAGAUGGAAAUCAGCUGGUGAAUUUCAAGCUGAUUCAACUGGUAUAGGCACAUAUAGUGGUCGUUAUAUUAGAUAUGGUGUACGUGAACAUGGAAUGGCAGGUAUGAUGAAUGGAAUGACUGCUUACGGUGGUUUAAUUCCAUUCGGAGGAACAUUCUUGAAUUUUAUUAGUUAUGCGUUGGGUUCUGUUCGAUUAGCAGCAUUAUCUUCAUUCCGUGUGAUUUAUGUAUUGACUCAUGAUUCGAUUGGUUUAGGAGAGGAUGGUCCAACCCAUCAACCCAUUGAAACUCUUGCCAGUCUUAGAGCAUUACCUAAUAUUUUAGUUCUUCGUCCAGCAGAUGGAAAUGAAGUAUCUGGUGCUUAUUUAGCCGCAAUCCAAAAUUUGCAACGUCCUUCGGCAAUUUCUCUUACUCGACAAAAUGUUCCUCAUUUAGAAGGUUCUUCAAUUGAGAAAACUCUCUUAGGUGCAUACGUUUUAAAGGAAGUUAAAGAUGCCAACAUCACUUUAGUAGCAACGGGAUCCGAAGUUUCGAUUAUCGUUGAUACCGCCAAAUUAUUAGAAAAAGAAGGAAUCAAAGCACGAAUUGUAUCAUUCCCAUCAUUUGAACUUUUCGAUGAACAAAGUUUAGAAUAUAGGUUAUCAGUCUUUCCUGAUGGUAUUCCAGUGUUAAGUGUGGAAGCUCUUUCAACUUUUGGAUGGUUAAAAUAUGCACAUGCGAAUUUUGGUAUGACAACUUUUGGAACAUCUGGUCCCUAUAAAGAAGUUUAUCAAAAGUAUGGAUUCACUCCUGAAAAUAUUGCAGAUAAGGCCAAAAAGACCAUUGAAUUUUAUAAGGGUCAUACACUUGUUUCAGUAGUUCAAAAACCAUUCUAA